AUGCCGACAGAGAACAUCCUACCAACGACAUCAAUUGCAGAGCGUGGCUAUUCUCUUCUUGUCCAACAACCCGUCAACUCCUCCAUUCUUCCUCUUCAUCGUUGCAGCGAACCCAAAUCCCCUUGUCUGCAAAUGAUUUCCCCAUGGCGUUCUGUGUGCAUUGAUCAAGGAAUCAACGCACCUACUUCACGAUCUUUAGCCAACUAUGUGAUGUUGUCAAUCGUUUAUGGAGGAAUACUAAUAUACAGGGAAAGUGGGCUUAAGGCUAAAUGGUAUUACUAUUUACUUCUUGGACUUGUAGAUGUAGAGGCGAAUUAUCUAGAAAGCGGAAGUAGCCCUAUCAAGGGCGACUUUCUAGUGGUUGCAGGGGCUACCCUUUAUGCUGUCAGCAAUGUUAGUGAGGAGUUCUUUGUGAAAAUUGAUGAUAUAAUUGAACUCAUGGAUAUGUUGGGGUUAUUUUCUUAA